CGACAGAGUACCUAGGUAACAGCAAGUAAUGACUAAGCUCAGUGCAUCCAGCAUUCGCUUGUUCAGCGUUUAGCUAUUGCUGCGCCGUGAGCUGCCAGCCAACCUCUCAACGCCGCGCAUCUCGAAGCAUACCAGAAGACCACGCCGCUGAUUCUCUCCGGACAGCACACAGCAUUCGCCAUCAAUACCAAUUCAUUGGCCAACAGGUUGCGAUAAUCUGGAAUACCCAUUACCAUAAUCUUGCAACAUGGCCAACGGUUGGAGCAUCUUCAUCGGUCUGGUGAUUGUCAUCGCCAUGUGCCUAGCUGCAUGGUUCUUUGCACCCAAGGGCGAGAAUCAAGUGCUUUGGCGCUCCUCCAUUAUCCUCUCGAUCGUCAGCUGCUUCCUCAUGUGGGCGAUUACGUUUCUAUCGCAACUUCACCCCCUUAUCGAGCCGAGACGGUCGGAUCUACGUAAGGAAUACAUCCACCACUAAGCUAUACUUCAUGCGGAAGAGUGGCAUUGGCGCGAGAGGACUUGGACAAGUCAACCUUGUUGUACGAAUACCCACAUGGCAUUCAAUACAGAUCGGAACGGCGUUUGGGCGGACGGGUAUAUUGCGGGUUUGGAUUUUAUACUGGGCGGGUUGUUUGGACUGUACAUGCAGUAUCCUGCACCGUGGAGGCUUGCUCUUACAACGUGCAUUAUAUCAAGAAAGAAUUAACGAGCACGAUA